AUGCCACCCUCUUCUCUUUACUCAAUCCCCAAAGGCGUCUACGCAAUCCCCGAUGUUCAACUAGAUCUCCGAUCGGACGCCGAGGUAGAUGACACCAUCAAAAGUCUCCGUCCCGUUACAUCUCCCAAAAACAUCUGGUUUUUCUGGAACUCUGGCUACGAUACUUUGCACCCAUAUGCCAAGCGCAAUGUUCGAGCUUGGUAUCGUCGCUUCUCGAGGAAGGGAUGGGAGAUUCGCGUCGUUGACCUCGAUCCGAAAUCGACUGGUUACAUCGGUAGCUGGAUCGAUCUAGAGGACUCUACUGUUGUGCCCGAAGCUUUCAAGAAUGGUACUCUCGACGGCGAGUUUGCCAAGCAGCAUUACUCCGAUCUAGUGCGAUUUCCACUGCUGCUACGAUAUGGCGGCGUCUACACGGAUGUUGGGUUCAUGCAGAUUGGAGACCUCGACAGACUGUGGAAUGAGACUAUUGCAAACGCCGAUAGCCCAUAUGAAGUGCUAUCCUACAACGCUGGCGGCCCUCGCAGCUACAGCUUGUUGAAUUAUUUCAUCGCCAGUCUUCCUGGAAACGCGUUUUGGCAAGCCUGUCACGAUCUUCUCUUGAAGCUUUGGGGGGGAAAGACCAAUACCGAGGGUCUAUACAAACAUCCGCUCAUCAAGGAACUGCCGUUACUAGGACAGACCUUUACCGCAGCCGGACACGAGGAGAUCAGUCGGCGGCUUACCGACUAUAUCAUCCAAGGCCAAGUCAUCACCAUGGUCAUGAGCACUGUGGACGAAGAACGAGGCUGGGAUGGACCAGAGUACACUUCAACAAAAAUCUUUGCACCAGAGUACAUGGUCGGAAGCCAGUUGAUCAACGAAUACACAAACUGGAACGGUCCCAAGGCGUUUGAACUCAUGAGUCUCAAGCUCCCCGAACCUGGACAGCCGGAAUCGGAUGAUCAGAAGUUGGCUAGAGAAAUCGUGGAAAACUGUCUGUCAAGAAGUUUUGGGUUCAAGUUGGCGCACGGCUUGAUUGUGCAGGUUCUUGGAGAGACUCUUGGGAGCUUGUGGAGGAAGAAUGUAGAAAGUGAUGAUGUCGAGGGAACAUACGCUCACUGGUUGAGAUAUGGCAUCGAGAGGUGGAGCCAGUACGAGUUGCCCACGCCCGAGGCGUUUGAGAAGUUGGAGCCCGUGAAGAGGGGUUCACUACUGAGUUAG